AUGAAGACCAUGGACACUGAGAAUGAGAAUCAGACUCUUCACUCGAAAGUGAUCUCACAUGCAUUUUCAACUGGUACUAUCAAGCAAGGCUCUAUGGCCACUUCCCUGGGUGUUAUCGACAUCGGUGUGAGCGAAAACGCCUACAUCUUCAGAGUCGAACUCCCUGGCACUGGGAAAUAUCAAAAUAAGAUCAAAUGUGAGAUUCAGAGGGACGGAAGAGUCUGCAUCCAAGGAGUGGUUCCUGAGACGACGAUCCCAAGUGAAUCAGGAGGCUUAGGCCCUGUUCGUUUGAACAGUUGGCUGAUCAAGCUAGAUGAUCCAGCCAGAUGA